UUUAAAAAAACACAAAAAGGCAGAAAAAGAAAACCCUGAUUAAGAACCCUCCCAACCCUUCAAAGUCCAAACCCCUCUCCCAUUUUCUCUCUCUUUCUGUUCAGCGUUAGAUAAGAAAAACAACAACAAACACUAUAACCAACGCAAUCACCAUUUUCUCCCUCCUCCUCCUCAUGAAGAAGCUCUACCAUAAAGGGACGGUUCACCCGUCGCCACCGCUCAUCUCCGACCACCUCGCCUUCCUCCCCGCCGCCAUACUCACUCUCGCGGCCGCGCUUUCUCCGGACGACCGGGAGGUUCUCUCUUAUCUCAUCUCCUGCUCAUCCGCCGCUGCUUCCACCUUCUCCGGCAACCCCCGCCGGAAAAGCGCCGCGGAAACCGCCCAUUCACCUGCGUUCAACUGCAGCUGCUUCGGCUGCUACACCAGCUACUGGGUCAGGUGGGACGAUUCGCCGAAUCGCCAGCUCAUACACGAGAUCAUCGACGCGUACGAGGAUUCGUUGGCUCAGAUUGGAAACAAGGGUAAGAAGAACGGUAAGGGGAAGAAGGAGAAGAGGAACCACAGGAGAGCGGGGGGCAGCAGUAGCAGCAGUAGUAGUAAGCAUGCGCAUUCGAGCGAGUUGAAGCGGUCCGAGUUGGCGAGUCUGGCGAUUCACGACUCGGCCGAGUCGGAAGCGGUGGUGGAGGGUAACGGUGGCGGUGAUGAAGGUUGUGAGGGGGUUGUGGUUUUUGAGGAAAAAGGAUCGGUGAGAAGGUUUGUGAGUUUCAUCGGUGAAAGGAUUUGGGGAGGGUGGGGACAGUGAGUAAGUGAAUGUAUGAAUUUGGAAGAGAUAAUAAUGAAGAAGAAAAUUAGAAAAUGAAGAAAGGAAGAGAAAAGAAGAGGAAAGGUAGGUCUAGAUUUUAAUAUUUACACCACCUCCCUUACUUUAUCUUGUUCCUUUUUAUUUUUGCUUUUGUACAUUAAUCAAUCACUACUACUACUACCCUGCAAUGUUUAACACGAAAUGGAUGUUCUUCUGUGAUUCAGGGUUUAGAGUUUUGUUAUAUAUAAUCUCUCAAGCAAAUCAUAUAUAUCAAAAUUAUCAAUCCAUUUUUUUUUUUCGUUUGUUUCUCUUCCUGUUGUGUUUCCAUUUUCUGGGGAACUAAUUAGUGCAUCUCUUAAAGAUGUUAUUUUGAAUACAAGUUUUGGUUCCGAAUU